AUGACCCCCGUUCGUGGCUUGGGCUGCCGAUACUUAACAGAGGCAUCCAGACAACGCAGAACCCCCGAAACCCACGACUCGACAUUGCAGAACGAUCAUGCUUCUAUUGUUUCUGGUGGUGGUGGUGGUGCUGCCGCCACCCGUGUGGAAUCACACGAGGCGCCGCGUCUGCAGCUGUGCCGUUGCAGCAUGCGGUUUUACGGUGACAGCUGCAGAUACACCCACUGGGCCGGGACUAACGCUCGUCGUGGUGGCCCGCGAACCUGCAGAGACGUGCCCUUCGGCGAAUCUCAGCAAGGCGAUAAAUAACUUGUGACCCGUUGGGACGGAAAAGUCCCCGGCAGCACUUUGCUUUUUCCGGGCAACGAGCUCCAUACCCAGCUUGGCAAUGCGAGAUGCAUACGCUCUGACGGCAUCAGCUGGGCACACUUGCUGCUACCCGGCCGAGUCCUUGAAAAU